UAAAUAACGGAUGGGGUACGAGGGGGAGGUAGGGCAUUAACGGAAGUGAGAGAAGUCAAUGUUCAUGCCAUCAGGUUGGAGGCUACCCAGACGGAAUAUAAGGCAUUCACAGUAGAACAAGGAAUCAAUAGAAAAACAGCAAAGCCUGACAAACAACGAGAAAAAGAUGACAAACUGUUUUGUUUACAGGUUAGUUCCUGUUUACAGAUACUGUUGCAUAGAUUUGCGAAGUGUGCCCACAGAAAAGAAAUCUCAGAGUCAUGUGUGGUGACAGAACAUCAAAUGUGGAGGAAUUGCGACUGGGUAUCUCAGAUGGAAUAUCACAUCAGAUCGACACCCCACUCAGCUCCCCAGCACCUGAAUAUCAUCGGCCUGUGAACGUGGAAGGAGAGAUGCUGGUUUGUUUCACUUCAGACCCCAGGCAGUGAGGGCUGUUGCAGGGCACCAACCGUAACACAUUGGGGAGACGAUGUCCUCAGCGACGAUGAGAGAAACUGUUGACGUGAGGUCGGGAACCAGUUGCAGAGAAGCCGUGUAACUUCUUCCAGCCUGUGAAGGAGCGGGCAGUGAUCACUCCAGUGCAGAUUGGGAAAGGAACACCCACUGCAACGAGAGACCGUGUGUGACACGCUGGGGGAGGUGAGCUGACCUGAUCUGUGACCGGGAACGUGUUCACCACAUCCUUGUUUCUGCACCAGUGAAACGUUCCUUCUUUUGACUGAGAUAAACUUGAUCCAUUUCCCUGAGAGUAUUCCCAUGUUCUUUCCACCUGUUUCCAUUUGAGGACAGUAAUUAAUUUGGCCAUCUUUUUACUGACUGAUCACUGAGAUCCUGGGGAAACAUUGUCUUCCUGCUUCAGGCGCAUGUAGGAACUCACUCGGAGGCACGGGCAGAUUCACACCGGGAAAAGCUUCUCUGCAUGCAGGAAAGGAUUCACUUGCCCCAUCCCUCUUGGUGAUACACUAGUGAGGAGCAGCCGUUCAUCUGCUGCUAGUGGGACAAGCGGUUCAUUCGGUUGUCCAGCCUACUGAUACAACCAGCAGGGAGAGACUGUUCACUUAUCAAAGUGCGGAAAGGGAUUCACUCGGUCGUCCAGACUGCUGAUAGACCAGCAAAUUCACGCUCGGAAGAGACUGUUCACCUGCUUUUGGAUGUGGGAAGGGAUUCACCCGAAAUCCGGCCUACUGCCUCACCAGUGGGUUCACACCGGGGAGAGGCAGUUCACCUGCUCCGAGUGCAGGAAGCAGCUCACUUGUUCAUACAGCCUUCAGAUGCACCAACAAACUCACAUCGGAAAGAAGCCCUUCACCUGCUCUGAGUGCGGGAAGGGAUUCACUCGUUCAUAUGAUCUUCUGACGCACCACCGAAUUCACACUGGGGAGAGGCCAUACAUCUGCUCCGAGUGCGGGAAGGGAUUCAAUCAGUCGUCUGUCCUGGUGAGGCACCAGCAAACUCACACAGGGGAGAGGCCGUUCACCUGCUCCGAGUGUGGGAAGGGAUUCGCGCAGUCGUACAACCUACUGAUACACCAGCAAAUUCACACUGGGAAGAGACUGUUCACUUGCUCCAAGUGUGGGAAGGGGUUCACCCAGUCGUCCAACCUGCUGGCUCACCAGUUGGUUCACACCGGGGAGAGUUCCUUCAACUGCUCUGAGUGUGGGAAGGGGUUCACCCAAUUGUCCAAGUUGCUGGCUCACCAGCGGGUGCACACUGCGGAGAGGUCUUUCAACUGCUCCGAGUGCGGGAAGGGGUUCAUUCGGCCGUCUGAGCUCCUGAGGCACCAGCAAAUUCACACCGGGGAGAGACCCUUCAUCUGCUCCGAGUGUGGGAAGGGGUUUACUCGGUCGUACAAUCUUAAGGCGCACCAACGAACUCACACCGGGGAGAGGCCUUCCACCUGCUCCGAGUGCGGGAAGGGAUUCUGUCAGUCACAUGACCUCCUGCUGCACCAACAAAUUCACACUGUGGAGAGGCCAUUCACCUGCUCUGAGUGUGGGAAGGGGUUCACUCAGUCAUACAACCUACUGAUACACCAGCAAAUUCACACCGGCGAGAGACCGUUCACCUGCUCUGAGUGUGGGAAGGGGUUCACCCAGUCGUACAGUCUACUGAUACACCAGCAAAUUCACACUCGGAAGAGACUGUUCACCUGCUCUGAGUGUGGGAAGGGAUUCACCCAGUCAUCAAAGCUGCUGGCUCACCAGCGGGAUCACAGCGGGGGGAGUUCUUUCAACUACUCCUAGUGUGAGAGGGGGUUCUCCCAGUCAUCCAGAUCACUGGCUCAGCAGGCUGUUCACUCCGCGGAGAGGCCUUGUAUCUGCUUUGAGUGCGGGAAGGGAUUUACACGGUCGCAUAGCAUAUGAGAGCUUAAAUAUGCAGUACUUACGUGAGGCAUUUAAACACUUUUGCUGAUGACACAGCAGUGAGUUCACAAGUGACUGUGGGAACUGAUUCUGCAGUUAUUGCUGCUGUUGAUCACAUCCAGGUUUGGACCCUGGUUAUGGGGCACAUUUGGGUUGUUUCCCCCUUGAACUGCAGGUUAUACCCUCUGGAGCAUAGUAGGUUGGGGUGUCACCCAUGGAGGUUUAUAAAGUGAUGAAGGGCAUUGGUAUGGUGGAUAAUCACAGAGGUUUAUCAGGGUAGGGGAGUGUAAAACUGGAAGAGGGGACCAAAUGUAGUGUAUCUAAAUUGAGUGGAGAAGCAAAUUGUGCAGACGCUAUGAAGAGUCUGCAGAGAGAUAUAGAUAGGUUAAGUGAAUGGGCAAGGGUCUGGCAGAUGGAGUACAAUGUUGGUAAAUGCAAGGUCAUCCACUUUGGUAGGAAAAAUGGAAGAUCAGAUUAUUAUUUAAAUGGUAAAAGACUGCAGCAUUCUGCUGUGCAGAGGGACUUGGGAAUGCUUGUGCAUGAAUCACAAAAGGUUGGUUUGCAGGUGCAGCAGGCUAUCAAGAGGCAAAUGGAAUAAUGAUCUUCAUUGCUAGAGGGAUUGAAUUUAAGAGCAGGGAGGUUAUGCUGCAGCUAUACAAGGUACUGGUGAGGCCGCACCUGGAGUACUGUGUGCAGUUCUGGUCUCUUUACUUGAAGGAUAAACUGGCUUUGGAGGUGGUGCAGAGGAGGUUCACCAGGUUGAUUCCAGAGAUGAGGGGGUUAGACUAUGAGGAGAGAUUGAGUCACCUGGGACUGUGCUGGAAUUCAGAAGAAUGAGAGCAGAUCUUAUAGAAACAUAUAAAAUAUUAAAGGGAUAGAUAAGUUAGAGGCAGGAAAGUUGUUUCCACUGGUAGGUGAGACUAGAACUAGGGGACAUGGCCUCAAGAUUCAGGGAGUAGAUUUAGGACAGAGAUGAGGAGAAACUGCUUUUCCCAGAGGGUGGUGAAUCUGUGGAAUUCUCUGCCCAAUGAAGCAGUGGAGGCUACCUCAGUAAAUAUAUUUAUGACGAGGUUGGAUAGAUUAUUUGCAUAGUAGGGAAUUUAGGGUUGUGGGGAAAAGGCAGGUUUGUGGAGUUGAGUCCAUGGUCAGAUCAGCCAUGUUCUUAUUGAGUGACGGAGCAGGGGCAAUGGGCCAGAUGGCCGACUCCUGCUCCUGCUCCUAAUUCAUAGGUUGUUAUGUUAGAGGAUAUUGGUUUCAGGUGAGAGAGAGAGAAAGAUUGAAAUGGCUCAUUGGGGGCAAGUUUUUCACACAGAGGGUGGUGGGUGUCUGGCUCACAAUGCUAGAGGGAGUGGUAGAGGCAGGUACAAUUACAGUGACUGAAAAUCAUUUGGACAGUUUCAUGGACAGGAAAGGUCCAGAGGGAUGUUGGCCAGAUGCUGGUCAAUGGAUGAGUUCAGGUCACAACUAGUCAGUCUGAGGCAGUUGGGCUGGAGGACUUGUUUCCAUGCCUUCCACCUCAGACUCUGUCUUGUCUUCACACAACCCACUGGUAUGGACAUUGAGGUGGGGUGGGGCAUCACCCUGAUGUCACUGUGGUGCACUCUUCCCCCCUCCCACCCAUCCUGACCUUGACCCCUCAGGAUUGUCACAUACCAGCUGCCCUCAGUGCUCGGGCUCAUUGUGUUUUAUCCCAAUCCCUGCCCCUUGCUCUGACCCCCCGCUUCUCCACACUACCCUGCAGUGGGGUCACUCAUAGCAAAGCAUAGUGUGGGGGGGGGGGGAUUAUUCACAGCUCGGGAACA